AUGACUCAAGCUUUUGAUGCAAAGGGUGCAGUUGAUACCCUUUACAUGUUUAGUUGCACACUUUUGCUUUUUCUGGUGGUUUUCGGUCUUUCCCUUUUCUACUCGGGAUUGAUACAGAGAAGAUCGUCUUUCACCAUGUUGGCCAUUCCUAUGUUUCUUGCUGCUUUGGUAUUUGUUGACUGGUAUAUAUGGGGCUAUUCACUUUGCUAUGGCUCGUCUUCCAAUCAUUUCAUUGGUAGUUUGAAGUUUGCUGUCUUGCGUGAAAUCCGGAGCACUGGCCAAGAUAUUUAUUCUACACCCAGAGGAGAUAUUCUCGCUGUUGUACACUUCUUGUUUAAUGGAAUGAUGAAAGUGAUUACAGUUGUUAUUACCUUUCCAGCGUGCAUUGCGGAACGUGGCCGAAUUCUACCGAUGCUUGUGUUUCUCUUUUUUUGGUCAACUAUAGUCUAUAACCCCGUGACAUAUUGGAUUUGGAACAGGAAUGGGUGGCUAUCUACGGAAAGGAAUUCUAUUCCUGUUCUUGAUUUUGCAGGAGGAAAUUGUAUCCACAUCGUUGGAGGAUUUACGGGUUUGGUGUACUCGUACUAUCUUGGUCCUCGAAACCCCAAAAUUCUUGAAAACUACCGCAGUUCUAGCAAUGCAAAUAUGGUAAUAGGUACAGUCUUUACCGUUUAUGGCUGGUGUGGCUUUAUUGCUGGAUGUGAUUUCAAGUUUUCGGCCACAACCUUUUACAUUAUUAUUAACACACUCCUUUGUGCCUCUUGCGCCGGAAUCUCAUGGUCUUUUAUUGACUAUUAUAAUUCUGCUACACCUUUAGAUGGGAAUAUUCAUGAUGGAAACUCUUCUAAUCUGACAACAGCUGACGGUCAUUUGGUGCCCGUAUCGAAGAAGCGGUGCAUGUCGAUUAUUUCCUUCUGUUCGGGGCUCAUUAGCGGACUAGUUGUCUUCACACCUUGUGGAGGAUACUUGAGCACAGACAUCAGUUUUUGGAAAAGUAUAGUUUGUGGACUCGUGGGUGGUAUUACAGGAAACAUGGCUACUCGUGUCAAGUACUGGCUAGGAAUUGAUGAUGCGCUAGAUGUUUUUGCUGUGCAUGGAAUCUGUGGCAUUGUGGGAUCUUUGUUAGUUGGAGUUUUUGCUGAUGAUCUUUACAACUCGAAAGGUGGUUGGGUCACCCAUCAUUGGGUGCAAAUGGGAUACCAGGUCCUUGCUGUGGUUGUGGUUUCUGCAUAUGUCUGUGUUGUUAGCUUGUUUUUGCUUUACGUGGUGGAUAUUAUUCCGGGAUUGCACUUGCGCAUAGAUAAGGAUUUCAACCGAAGAAUGAUGGCGAACCAGAAUUCAGACACAGAGAGUGGAGAAAACAAAGAAUACAGCACCAGGUACGAGCUUGCCGAAUUGAUGGGAACUGAUUGGUAUGAGUUCAGAGGAGAGUAUACGAUGGAUUUCAUGGAGUUCAUUCGAAGCCUAAACCCAAAUGAUUACGUGGAGGAAGUAGAAUCAAAGGAGCACAGCGGAUACCAAGCGGAGACGCUGGAUUCUAUUCAAGACUUACGGAAAAGGCUGGCUUAG